AUGGGGGACACCGGGCCGCAGCCCCGCCGAGACGGUGGCGGCGGCGCCGCGGGGACGGAGCCGGGCCGCCGCUCGCCGCCGCCGCCCGCCGGCACGCUCGUCUUCGCCGGCUCGGGCCCGGCCGACGUGGCGGCCGCUCGCGCCUUCUGGAGCUCGGCCGCCCUCCCGCCGCCCCUCGAGUCCCGCCUGGGCCCCGCCGCCCCGUGCCAAAGUGAGAGAGAGAGCAUCUUUGAGGCUCACAACGUGCAGAAAGCUGAAGAAAAUGAAAAAUAUUUUCAGCAGGCCAAGAAAAGAGAAGAAAUACUAGCUUUACUGAGGAAACAGAGAGAAGAAAGGAUUGCAAAAGAAUUGAUUUCUCAUCCAUAUAAACCGAAGACCAAAACAGAUCAAUUAAGGGGGAAGGUGUCUGAUUCUGACCUUAUGGAUCAAGAAGCAGUAAAGGCCCUCAAAUAA